AUGAAAAUUAGCCACGAGAGGGUUGAAACCCUCACUGAGAAGUACCAUCAAGAACUUGACAAGAAUUAUGGGUGCAUUCUGAACCUAAACCAUCAUGAUUGCCAAUUUGAUGUUAAGAAUAUCAAGGAUUCUGUUCUGUUUGCCCAACAUUUCAUUCAGAGUAUUCUGAAGUUGAUCAAAAACAUAAGAAGCCAGAAAGAUGUUCUUAGCAUCCAUUACCAAGACAGGAUAGCAGAGAUUGAAGAGCUAUUUACUCAAAUUGAUAACAAAAUUGGAAAAUUAAGCUAUAACCUAUGUUCCAGAAAAUUUAUGAAUCUCAACUCGUUUCAAAAUAAACUUCCUUCAAAUUUCACCAGCAAAGAAGAAGCCUCCAAAGAUGCUAUAUCUUGUAAAAAAUACUCUGAAGAUGAUAAUACUAAGUGAUCUGACAGGGUUAUAUACUGGGAUAGCUCUGACACCUCUUCUGAAAAAUAUUUCACAUCAAGUCAGGAAUCUGAGGUUCAAGAAUCUAAACUAGAUUUAAAUUUUAACCCAAAUAAAAACUUAAUUGACCAAUGUAAAGGAGCAAGAUUCAAUGAAACUAAUAUACAUGAAGAAACUAUCAACUUAGCACAUGUAGGAGUGGCAAUGAACUCUUGAGCCAAAGUCCUUCUAAAAAUCCAUAUUGCAGCAGAGAGGCUAUGACACACUCCUAACUCAUACGAUUUUAUUGAACUGUUGUACAGAUCAGAGUUCCUAAAGUGUAUGAAUACCUUAUUUGAAGAGAUCACUACAAUGAGCUCCAAUGACAAAUUCAAAUAAAUCAGAAAGCAUAGAUAGUAUUACUUUUGUCAGAAUUCCAAUUAACCCAGAAGCUUACAUGAUGAGAUUUACCUACUUUAACAAACUCCUUGAGUACUGAAUUGGAGUAAUGAGCAAGACUAUCGACUCUGGAGGAUGGGUAUAUCAAACUUUAAAAUUGCUCUAUUUCGGUGCAUCAUUCUUAGCCUCUCCUUCAAAGCGAAAGCAAGCUUUUAGAGAAUUAAUGAUCUCAGACAACACAGAAUUAAUGAUCAACAUUGUUCGUCUUCAUAACCAUAAACUAUCUGAUAUUUUCCAUUAUUUCAUUAACCCAAGGAUAGAAUUUCAUCGUAAAAUUUACAUCAAAAAGCAAAAGAAUCCCGAGGUUGAUCUUGAGCUCAGCCUAAAAAAUUUCUUAGCUGGGAAGCCUCCUUGAAUAAACAAGACCACUAAUGGAUUUUCAUACACAAAAAAGGAAGAUUCAAUGAUGAUCAGAAUCAUCUCUCCCUUCAGGUUACAUAAUUUUACUUCAAUUGAAGAGGCUAAGCAGGGAAAACCCUUUCAGAAAAAUAAGGUUCAAGAAUGCCCAGCAAUUCUGAUCCAUAUUCAUGGAGGAGGGUUCAUUUGACAAGGAUCUGCUCAGCACCAAACAUACCUCAGAAAUUGGUCAAACAACAACAACAUGCCAGUUUUCAUGCUAGAAUACACUCUUUCUCCUGAAUCAAAGUAUCCAGGUCCCCAACACGAAUGCUGGGAGCAAUAUAAAUGGAUCAUCACCAAUAUCGAUACCUCAUGCGGCCUCAGGCCCAAAAAGAUCCUCCUCUCCGGUGACUCUGCCGGAGGAAACCUGUGCACAUCCCUCACCAGCCUCUGAAUCGCCCAAAACUUCCCCAAACCCACAUCCAUAUUCCUAUGCUACCCUGCUCUCUGCAUCUCUCCGACCUAUUUCACGCCUUCCAGGAUCUACACGUUCGAUGACAUGCUUUCAGUAGUACUAAAUCAUCUCCUUGUUCAAACCUCACUUCGACAUUACUGUCCAAAACCAACAGAUAGUGCAUUACUGUCUCCCUUGUUGACUUCCUCAGAAAUCCUGAAGGAGUUCCCUCCGACUAAGAUUUUCACUGCAGGAAUAGACCCUCUGCAUGCAGACGGAGUUGACUUUGCCAAGAGAUUAGUCAAUUUAGGGGUCCAUGGAGUUGAGCUAGAGCAUAAUAAACUAUUACCGCAUGGAUUUUUGACCUUCACAAUAGCACCAUUUAUAUGGCAGGAAUGCAGAAGAGCAAGCCAAGGCAUCUCCGAUUCGAUCACAAGGGUGAUUCAACAGAAUUUUUAG